CUACAUAUAUUUGCCUGCCCAAAACCCCAUAACCAAUUUCCAAAAUUCUUUUUCUAGAUUAGAUUUGCCAAAUGGGAAAAUCAGCGAAUCAUCGAAUCACAACAAUUUACUUCCCAUUUAAUAUCACUCAACACCACCUUCCCUUCUUCAUCAUUUUCAUUUUCAUUCUCAUCUCUAGAGAGAGAAACUCACACAGAUUUUGAGAGAGAGAGAGGGAUCUCUCUCCUUUUCUCGUACCUGUUCAUCUUAAAAACUAGAUUAUGUUCUUCCUUUUAUCGUUAACACAGUUGUUUGAUUAAUUGAUUAUUAUGUUUGAAUUUUGGAUAAUUUGACGAAAUCGAGUUCAUUGAGCUGAAGAUUUUCACGAUUUGGUAGACGACCGGAAGAAAUGGGAGCCAAAGUACAAUCUAAAGCUUAUUUUCCAGGUUCUAUGACGGAUCUAAACAACGGUUUUCACAAUAGUGUUUGGGAUCUAUAUCAUGAUGACAGAAGUCACAAGAUUCCUCCCCCUGGAAACAGCCAGCAUUACGACUACUUUCUAUCAACACAAGCCAUGGAUGGAUACAACGGAUACGCCAAAGAGCAGAUUAGGCAAACUAUUUUAAAGCAAGAAACAAUCUUCAAGCAUCAGCUCCAAGAACUUCAUCGGUUGUAUAAAAGACAGAAAGAUUUGAUGAAUCCCGUAUCCACAGAAUCAUUAAACAUGGGUCAUUUUCUAAAUCAAGUACCGUCUAGUUUUCCUCAAAUGAACACGAGUUUUAGUCGAGUGUCUACUUCAGGAACCGACAAUACGUUUUCUCCUAUGGAUUCUAUUAAGGGGAAAAGUGCAUUACAAGAGUUCAAUCCUCCCAUUUCGAAAAGUUGUGUUUCUGAACGAAGAGUAAUUGACCUGGAAGCGCCUGCUGACGUGGACACGAGUAACAAAGGGAAAGCUUUUAACUUGGCUGACUUGAAUGAACCGAUCCAGGUUGAGGAACGGGAAACGGCUUUUUCAGCGUUCUUUAGUAACAGAAGCAAAACCGAUCGUGUUGUAGAGGAAACACAAAAGCGGGAAUCAUCUGCAAAAAGAACGUUAUUUGGUAUAGAAAUCGGUGAAAGAAACCACACGUCAUCUUUUGUUUUACCAUGGAGAAACAGAAACACUACUUUUCAUCACAACAAUUGGCUUAACUCCUUCGGUUCAACAAGUCAAACCCCGGGGUUCUUUGAUGGCACUUCAAGGUUGACUACUAAAAAGUCAACGGGUCAAAACGCGUUUGUUGACUUAGGUUUUCUUAAUGGUUCCAGUACCAAAGAUUCUGUACCGAACAAUCUUGAAGAAAGUCGUGCGCGAGAUAAACACACGUUUCUCGACAUGUGGAAAAACCGUGAAACACCUGAACAAAGACUGCCACCUUGGCUUACAUCAAAACUGUGUGUGCAGACCGAACAGAUCCAAACAAAAGUUCAUCAUAUUAACUUGGAUUCGUUGCAGAAUCAUUCUCAGCAGUUUUUCAAGAAAACCGAAAAUGCAGAUAGUAACGAUACGCGUAACGUUAACAAAGAAAAAAAUGAUGAUACCAAGAGCGUUCCGAAAAUCCUUGGCGUACCGAUUAUCGACAAAAAAGCUGAAAAUCGUUGUGAAUCGAAGGAUAUUAAGCAUCAUAUCGAUUUAAACUUAUCUCUUGAUGAAGAAGAUGGUUCUCCAGCAGCACCGUCUUUCCCUGAGUCGGUUGUCAAGAUUGCUACAAUGGAGAUAGACUUAGAAGCUCCAGCAGUUCUUGAACCCGACCCGGAUGAUGGAUCCGUGGAUGAUACCUAUACGGAUCUUGUUAAGGGUGCAGCCGAGGCUAUUGUAUCCAUUUCAUUCUCCGAGCCACCAUCUACCGACACGUUGCUUUGGUUUGCUGAGGUUAUUACAUCUAACGGUUUAAAGAAAAACAAAGAUUCUAUUCCUGAAGGCAUGGAUUACUUUGAGUACAUGACACUAAAACUUGAAGACACUAAAGAAAAAUACAUUAACUAUGAACCGGUGAUCGUGGAGGAACAUAAAGAAGACGAAAAUGGCUGCUUGUCGAAAAGGACAGCUAGAAAAGGACAAGGAAAGCGGGGACGUCACAGGAAAGAUUUUCAGAAAGAUAUACUGCCGAGCAUUGUUUCGUUAUCAAGGCGGGAAGUGACAGAAGAUCUUCAAAUAUUCGAAGAGGCGCUUUCUGCUACUGGUGUGUCUUGGCAAUCUAGUUCGUCUAAAAGGAAAGCUGCGGCUAGGAACAGUAGGGGCAGGCGGCGGUUGGUAGCAGUGGAACCCUCAUGCAACACACCGCCGCCAGCUGCUGGGGGUGGGGAGCGUAGUGUAUGUAUGGAAAUGUCGUUGGAGAAGAGUCUUGAAGGGUGGGGGAGGAGGACGCGCCGGCUACCUCGGCAAAGAUGUCAGAACGGUGGUAAUCAUAACCAGGCUCUUGCUCUGAAUGUCAAGUAGAGAUGUUUUGUUGUUGGUUUCUUGUAGUCAUUGUUGUGCAUAAUUAAAUAGACCUUUUAUAUGAUGUCUCCAAUAUAAACAUAUGAAGCUUGUCACAAACAAAAGAACAUAACAGGAAUGGUCAUGAAACUUGUUGCCUUUUAA